AAAAUCAAGUCAAGUAAGCAAGAAGCAAGCAAGCAAGAUAUGAUGAAUUUAUAAUAAAGUUUAAGUGAUGACAUUAGAUGUGAAAUACCAAACCACUUUUUGGAUAAAGUUUAGUAUGUUUGUGUGUUCGAAAAUUGCACAGCAGACUAACGCUUGUGCUGCUCUUAUUGUAAAUUUCGUUUCCAUAAUCAGCACAUUUAAUCUUUAGUAAAGAUCAGUGAUUUCACAAAUAAAGUAUAAAAAGAUGGAUUAAUGCUUAAUAUUUAGCUUUAGGAAAAAGGGAAAAAAAGCUAAUUAGAUUAGCUAUAUUGGUAAAAAAUAGAUAAAAAAAUUAAAGAUGAAAUUCAUUAUGCAAAUAUGCAACUUUAAGGAGUCUUUAGCAACAUAAACGCAGAAGUUUAAGGUCAAAUUCAUUAAAUGAAUCAUUAAAUUGAUGAAAAGGCUUUAGGAUAAAGUGUAUUUGAUUUAUAAACUAAGGUGCAAAGAAUAAUUAAUAGACCAUGGAGUCAUCAAUCUAACCAAGCAAUAGAUUUAAUGUCAAAAAUUUAUAGAGGAGACAAGUACGGUGAACUUCUUGAGGAUGAAUAUUUUAUCAGUCACAGAAACUUACAAUCUAUAAAUAACUAUUUUACAACUGUUCACAUCAAAUUAGAGGCUUUUUUUAAAAACAUUAUGGAGUAAAUACCAUUGAUUUUCAAAGAGAGCUUUAAUAAUACGAAUGAUAAUCAAAAUGAAAUUCUAAAUAUAAGAAGAAAAGAAAAAGAUUAGACAUAUCCUUCAAUAAGAACUUCUUCAAUCAGGAGAGAAUAAAAAGAAAUUGAAGGAUAGAAUAAUAGCUACAAUAUAUAUGAUCCAAACAUAGGAAAUGCCAGAAGAAAUUUAAUGUCUACAGAUAUUAACAAAUCUAGAUAAGACCUUGACAAUUAAAAUACCAUUGACUUAGAAAGAUAAAGAAAUCUAGAUCAGGCUAGUUAUAAUAAUUAAUAAUAAUAGCGUACAGCAAGAUCUAUGCAAAAUAUAAUGAAUAAUGGAUUGAAUUCUAAACCUUAGAGUGUCUUAUUUAGGUAACAUGAUCAAUCUCAAGAUAAAAAAAAUCAUCAUCAUGGUGAUAGCUUAGAUUAGUAUGCAAUUUAAAUGCAAAAUGGUAAUUAAAACAGCUAUAAUAGUAAUAACAAUGGUAAUUAAGGAUAUUAUCCUUUUGGGUAAUAAGAUAUGUUCAGCGAUUCUUAAGAUCCGUAUAUUCGUUAUUCUAGAUAACUUCAAUAGAGAAAAGGAAACAGCUUGCAUUAUAAUAAUGAAGCAAGCAAAGAUACUCAGUAUCAAAGACAAAACAAUCAUCAUAAUCAAAAUCAUAAUGGAGAAUAUUAGGUAAUUUAAAAUGAUUAAUUUAUUGAAAACGAUAUUUAAUAUUCUUAGUAACCCCUCAAAAAAUAACAAAAACAAUAAUAUUCUGCAGUUUCAAUUAAAACUAAAAAACAAUUAAUGAGAAAUAUGGCUAUUUAAAACAGAUUUUCAAAGCAAGAUUUAGCUAAAAUGAGACUAAAUUUUGCAUAAUUUAUUAUAGAUAACAAUAAUUUACCAAGCAUAAAUCAGGGCGAUAAGGAGAUUAGGACUUUAUAACCUAUUGAAAACCAAAGUGUUUAAGUCAAACAAACCAGAAGCUAAUAAAUAAACAAGCAUUUUUCUCAUUCGCUAGAAGAUAUUUAUGAGUAAAAUAAAGAUAACUAAAGUUAACCUGUUAUUUAAGAAAGAUAAAGAACAACAUCCUUGAUUCUUAUCAAUCAGAAUAGAAAAAAUAAUUCAACUUUAAUUCCUCUUUUACCUGUGCCUGAAUUAAAUGAUAAAUCUAUAAAAAAUAAAUAAAAAACCAACUCUUUAAUAUCAAAAAAGAAGAAAAAAUAAAUAUUUCCCUAUCUCCGCCCAACAAUUUAUUAUGAAAGUCCAAAAAGAGAAAAUAAAAAUAUUAUUAAUAAUAGCUGUAUUAUUCAUACAAAUUUAAACAAUUCUCCUGCUUAAUAUUCUUUAAACUCUUUUAGAUAGUGUAAUUAUUGCUUAAAUAUUAUUAAUUAAAAAUAAAAUUAGGGUUAUUAAGCUCCUAAGAGUCUUAACUAAAUUGAAGAUUAAUAAGAAAACAGCCAUUCUAAUUUUAAUAACUAAUAUGAAAACUCUUCUCCAGAUAGGUCAGAAAAAAGAAAUAAUUAAAGUGUAAAUGACUCAUUGCAAAACAUAUAAUUUGAUAGUCCUUCAAAAAGUAAAAUAGAGAGGAGCUCAAAUAAUUAAAUGAGUAUUAUAUUACCUUCUGAUGCUAAUAAAGACUUUGUACCGUAGGGAUCUAAAAUGUAUCUUCCUUCUGAAAAUCAACUUGAAAAGUAAGAGUCACAUAUAAGAUAGCCUCCAUAGUAAAAAAAUUUUGAUCAUUGCAAAUUACCUGUGUAGUCUGCUCCAUAUGAUUUGAUCCAAAAACCAGUAGAAACAGAUCAAAAAAAUAUAAAAAUUAACUAGCCUUAAAAAGAUUGGGUUGCACAAAAGAGUUUGCCAGAAAAUUUUGUUUAAAAAAAUAAAUUAAAAGAAAUUUAAGCUAAAUGUGGCUUUGUUAAAAUACCAGAUACAAAUUAGAACUAAUCAAGAUUAGGAUUGAUGAAAUCAGUAAAAGGUGAAAAAUAUUAUGAAGGGGAGUGGCUUAAAGGAAAAAGACACGGAAAAGGAACAUUUUAUGACGAAGAUGGUAGUAUUUAUGAAGGCGAGUGGAGAGAUGAUUAAAUGACAGGGAAAGGAAGAUUAAUUUUGAAAGAUGGCUAACAAUAUGAAGGAGAUCUUCUCAAUGGAGUAUUUGAUGGUAAUGGAUAUCUUAAAUAUCCAAAUGGAUAAGAUUAUAUUGGUGAGUUUAAGUAAGGAAGAUUAGAAGGAGAAGGUAGGAAAAAUUGGAAUAAUGGAGCCUAUUAUGAAGGUUAGUUUUUAAAUAACUAGAGACAAGGCUUGGGAAUUUUUAUGUGGAAGAACGGAAGUUUUUAUCAAGGAAACUUCAAAAAUAAUUAAUUUAAUGGAAAUGGGUAUUAUUAGUGGGAGAGUGGAAGAUUAUACGAAGGAGAAUGGGUAGAUGGUAAAAUGGAAGGUAAAGGAAGAGAUAUUUCAGACCAAGGACAUGUUUAUGAAGGUCAAUUUAAAAAUGAUUAAAAAAAUGGUUAUGGUGUGUAUGUUGUGAGUGAGAAUAAGAUUUAUAAAGGAAAUUGGCUAGAUGAUAAACCACAUGGAGAAGGGGUAAUGAUUGAAAAAGGUAUAGAGAAAAAAGGAAUUUGGGAACAUGGUAUAAAAAAGAAUUGA